AUGUCAAAUAUUGAACCUAAGCAAAAUAAAUUGGUUCCUCGUUAUAAAAAAAUUCCUGUUGAUUCAAUGAUCAUUAAACCCAGGCAUGCGGCUGUUCUUGCUAACUGGAUUCAAAGAAAAGAUACUAAUGCGAUAAUUCCAAAGGAUAAAUAUAAAUUCACUCUCAUUUAUCGUCAAAGUAGAGAUGGAUCUGAUAUUAAUACUAUGCGUAAUAAAUGUAAUGGACAGGGAGCAUGUAUUUUAAUUAUUAAAACCAAAGAAAAUACAACCAUUAUUGGUGGUUAUAAUCCUAAUGGUAAUGGAAUGAAUUUAAAAAAUUUUAAGAUCAGUCGAGUUAAAAACAGCGGUUGUGCGAUGUAUGAAUCGUAUUAUCAGAAUACUGCACUAAAUUUUGGCAAUAGUGAUUUGGUUAUCAAUAACAAUUCUGGAACAUGCAAUAAAUCUCAAUAUGAAAGCAACAUUUUAGAAACAAAAAGUUUUAAUAUUGAGGAAAUGGAGAUUUUUGGAUUUCAAUAA